AUGCGCAACCUUAGAAACGUGCGCCUCCAGGAGACGCAAGUUGCGGGCGAUCUGCCUUUGACUGCCACUGCAUGGGACACAUCAUCAGAUUCGAUUGUCUGCACUUUUGGCCCGACAGAGCACAACCCGAUCAUCGAGCUGCGGAGGAAGCGCCCCGAUGUCGUGGCCGCGGAGCCUCUGAGCCGUGAUGCUUUGGAGUGCAUCGCAUCCUGGGAUGCCCCAUGUCCAUUACUAGAUCUGCCAUGUGACCGAGUCCUCUCCUUGCACUACUUUGCGGAUAAUUUGACCGCGUGUCUGGUUCUGGAGGGUGGUGAUAUCAUCAUCGUCCGUGAAGAGCCCCUCCCAGGAGAGGACAAAAUUGAGAUUCUUGGCUCAGUGGAUGUGGGAAUCACGGCUGGCGCAUGGUCUCCUGAUGAGGAGCUGUUGGCUAUCACAACUAGAGCUCGAACAUUUCUAUAUAUGACGCGCGAGUUUGAAAAUGUGGCGGAGAUUAAUUUCACACCAGCUGAUCUCCAAGCCUCUCAACAUGUGUCCGUGGGAUGGGGCAAGAGAGAGACCCAAUUUCAGGGUAAAAGAGCGAAAGCUCUCCGAGACCCGACAGUCCCUGAGAAGGUCGACCAGGGUAAGCUAAGCGCCCAUGAAGAUGCAAGCACCACGAUUAGCUGGCGCGGCGACGGUGCCUACGUUGCGGUCACCACGGUCGAGGAAGCAUCUCGCCGUGUCAUCCGAGUUUAUUCACGAGAAGGUACUCUAGACAGCGUCAGCGAGCCCGUCGAUGGUCUUGAAGGCGCACUAAGCUGGCGACCAUCCGGAAAUCUCAUCGCAGCCAUCCAGCGGCUUGACGAUCGAAUCGAUGUGGUUUUCUUCGAGCGAAAUGGCUUGCGUCAUGGCCAGUUCACCCUUCGCCUGACUCCGGAGGAGCGGCAAUCUUGGGCCUCACAGAUCAAGUUGUCGUGGAAUGUCGAUUCCACGGUACUGGCAGUCCGCUUCGAGGAUCGUGUUCAAUUUUGGACAACUGGCAACUAUCACUACUACCUGAAGCAGGAGGUCCCGAUAGUGAGCGAUCCGUCAUUUCAAGCUCCAUACUCCUUUGAAUGGCACCAAGAGAAAGCUCUGCGAGUUGUUGUCGGUUCCUCAAUCUCCAUGCUCGAUGUAGAGUUUGCUUUUGACAUUAAUCAUGGGUCAACUUCAAUUCCCCAUGAUACGGGUGCGGUCGCCGUCAUUGAUGGCAAGGUACUUAAGCUCACUCCACUUCGACUGGCUGGUGUUCCGCCCCCCAUGGCUCACAAUGAGCUUCCAUUAGAUUCAAACGUUGUGGAUGUGGCUUUCAGCAAUUCAGGUACUCGGAUUGCAGUCUUGAUGAACAAAAGCUUCUCGAUCUUUCUGUGGUCUUUGAAAAGUCGUCCAGUUCCAGUGCCGAUUCUUGAGUCUAGCUAUCCUCUUUCAGACUCCCCGGCUACUCGACCUAGGCAAAUUGCCUUUUUGAAUGAGAAUGAGGUGUAUGUGCUCAAAGAUAGCGGACCGAACACCACCAACAUUGAGCGCACAAAACUGGAGACUAGAGAGACUCAGAUUGUUUAUCAGUCAGCAGAUUCAGAACAGUUGUCGUCGAUAUUUGCUGGCAUCGGACAUCAGGCUCUUUGGUUCGCUCACUCUCCCCAACCUGGCCUGCCUUCUAGUUACUCGAUCCUCGAGUCCCUUGAUAAAGAUGAUGUUCAAUGUACGCCCUGGGCUGAGUGUCCCAUAGGUGAUACCUGCUGGGCUCGCGCUGUUUCUGUCUCAGAGGAGGAGCGAAUUCUGAUAUCUUUGACAAGAACUGGCACUUUGUAUGCCAAUAAGCGAGUUCUUGCAAAGAACUGUACAUCAUUCUUGGUGACGCCGGCCCAUCUUUUGUUCACUACGUCUCAGCAUCUCUUGAAGUUUGUUCACCUGAAUCGUGUUGACGAUAUGGAAGUCCCAGAGGACACACCAGAAACAGAUGAGCGAUGCAGAAGCAUCGAACGUGGUUCUAAGCUUGUGUCGGUUAUUCCUUCGAUCUUUGCCGUCACUCUCCAAGCGCCUCGAGGAAACAUCGAGACUAUAUACCCACGUGCUCUUGUGUUGGCUGGCAUUCGUAACUUCCUCGACCAGAAGAACUACCGGGCUGCCUUCCUUGCUUGUCGCAGCCAGAUGGUGGAUAUGAACAUCCUGCAUGACUAUGCCCCGCAGCAGUUCAUGGACAAUGUUCAGCUAUUCAUCGAUCAAGUCAAAAAGAUCGAAUUUAUUGAUGAUUUUCUUUCGCGAUUGAAGGAGGAGGAUGUCUCGCAAACUCUCUACAAGGAUACUCUAAAGAUCUCCAAGACUGAGUCUGCGGUUGUUGCUCCACCAGAUGCUCCUAUUCUACCAUCCUUGUCUCAAUCGUUCAGCAAGAGCAGCAAGGUCAAUUCUAUAUGUGAUGCUUUCUUGGUGGUUUUGCAAAAUCGCCUUGAAACCAACUUGCAGAACCUUAUCACAGCACAUGUGUGCAAAGACCCUCCUGAUCUUGAGACCGGCCUGACGCUUGUUGCAAACCUUCGAGUCGAGAAUGCCGAGCAAGCAGAGAAUGCUAUUGAGCACAUGUGCUUCUUGACUGAUGCCAAUCGCCUUUAUUCCCAUGCCCUUGGAUUAUACGAUUUGGAGCUUACAUUACUGGUGGCCCAGCAAGCGCAGAUGGAUCCCCGAGAGUAUCUCCCUUUCCUUCGCAAACUGCAACAACUUCCGGAAACUCGACGCCAAUUCGAGAUCGACAACCACCUCUCGCGAUUUUCCAAAGCAUUAAAGCACCUCUUUACGCUGGGUGCCCACGAAGAGAUUCUGGCCUAUGUGACUAAGCAUAUUCUGUAUAAGGAUGCCCUCGAAAUUUACAAAUACCACCCUGAGCAGCAGAAGGCGAUCACUCAUCUUUAUGCUGACUAUCUCCGAGGCGAGUCAAAGCACAAGGAUGCCGCAAUUGCUUAUGAAUCCCUUGCAAUCUAUGAUGAGGCAUACAAGUGCUAUAAUCUCGCCCAUAUGUGGCGGGAGUCCUUAUACUGUGCCAUGAUGGCGGAUUUGACCGAAGAGGAGCUUGUCACGUAUACCAAUGAGCUCUGUACGACCCUGGUUGAUGAGGCCCGAGACUAUGUAUCUGCGGCCACCAUUUAUGCUGAGCACCUGCAUGACGUCGUCACAGCCGCUCGACUUCUAUGCCGCGGUUCCAAGUUUGCUGAUGCCGCCCGUCUGCUUACUCUCCACGGCAAGGGAAACCUGGUCGUGGAGAUUGUGGAUUCCGGCCUGGCCGAGGCGAUGGGCUCGAUGACCGACCUCCUUGCCGAUUGCAAGUCCCAGCUCAACGCUCAGGUUCCUCGAGUGCGUGAACUGCGCCAACUGCGCGCGGCUGAUCCACUCGCCUUUUUUGGCGGCGAUCCAACUGGCGGCGAGGGCGGCGUUGACAUUCCUGAUAAUGUCUCGCUGGCUCCGACCGAGGCAACCACCCUGGCGGGCCGUACCAUGUUCACCCGUUAUACUGGAAAGACGGGCAUGUCUCGGCAGACCUCGCGGACCCGUCGCCGGGAGGAGCGCAAGCGCGCCAAGGGCAAGAAGGGCACCGUCUACGAGGAAGAGUAUUUGGUCAACAGUAUCCGGCGACUGAUUGAGCGCGUCAAUUCUACGAUAUCCGAGGCUGAGGCCUUGGUGGAUUCCCUACUGCGACGGGGUAUGCGCGAACGUGCUGCGGCCGUGGAAAAAGCGUUGGCCGAUGUUGUGAAGAUGUGUGCGGACUGCCGCGACGACGUGUUUGAAAUCGCACAGACACCUGCUCCUAAGCCCGAAGGCGAUGAGGAUGAAGGAUUUGAAGAACCUCAGCUCCGUUUGACCAGCGGCUCUCGUGUUCUGGCCGAGAGCAUCGGCAUUGUCAGCGGUGGGCAAGUGAAGGAGCCCCCGGUGGUGAAAACGAUGACCAAGUCCUCUCUGCUGGCUUGA